AUGAGCGCGCUCCAUUCAUUGCGCCCAGCUCGAGGAAGAAGCUACUGCGCGCGUGUGGCUCCGCGAUUCUGCACGGUUUCCCGCCGAGCGCCGUCCACGCGUUUAGCGCUUUACAGGAACACUUCGCGGACACACACACACACGAAACACCGCGUUACCUCACCGCAAACAUUUGGACAAUCUAUUAAAUAUGGGAAAACACAACAGCAAGCUUGCUCCAGAGGUUCUGGAUGACCUGACCAAGAGUACAGAGUUCAAUGAGGCGGAGUUGAAGCAGUGGUAUAAAGGCUUCUUGAAGGACUGUCCCUCUGGAAUCCUUAAUCUGGAGGAGUUUCAGCAGCUUUAUGUCAAGUUCUUCCCCUAUGGUGAUGCUUCCAAAUUUGCUCAACAUGCAUUUCGUACCUUUGACAAAAAUGGAGAUGGCACAAUUGACUUCAGGGAGUUCAUCUGUGCCCUGUCCAUCACCUCUCGGGGAAGCUUUGAGCAGAAACUCAACUGGGCCUUCAAUAUGUAUGAUUUGGAUGGAGAUGGCAAGAUUACACGCAUGGAGAUGCUUGAAAUUAUAGAGGCAAUUUAUAAAAUGGUCGGCACAGUGAUUAUGAUGCGAAUGAACGAAGAUGGCUUGACACCUCAGCAGCGUGUGGACAAGAUCUUCAGCAAGAUGGACAAAGACCAUAAUGAUGAGAUCUCACUGGAGGAGUUCAAAGAGGCAGCCAAAAGUGAUCCUUCUAUCGUCCUCUUACUGCAGUGUGACAUGCAGAAGUAAAGGAGAAGAUGAGAGAGGGUGGGAGGGUGUAGGUAUAGAGCAGGAGGUAUGAAGCAGCAUGUACAGACAUUUAGACAGAAGUCGAUUAGUAAGAGUAGAAUUAUAACACUAUGUACAUAUAGUGGAAUGCAGAAUGAGAGAUUAAACAGGUUUGGGGAAAGGUGAGAGAAUAAGUAAUGAAAGCCUGCAUCUUUGGUCAUGCAGUGAACUGCACUGCUUGUCAAACAAUUUUACCAUGUCAUUGUGGCUUUUAGACCCAAUUCUAAAAAUAUAAGAUAUUGAAGAACCUACAUUAUUUAACAAGGCCAUUUUAAUAUGUAGUACUCCUGAUCCUUGGAAUUUUAAUAUACAAUAGAAACCAUGUGAAUUUAUUGAACAAUUCUGCAGCUCUAUGUUCUUAAGGAUUUUGUCUCCUUUAAAUUGUGUCUAAAUGUCGAACAGCCAACUAACUAGUUGAAUAAUAUUUCCUCUUACUAGUGAACGAAAUUUCCACUAACUAGUGAACAAAAUUUUCUUAAUCCUUCCAUAAUUAAAGGACCAUAUUCAGAGUUGAGUUACAAACACAUAAUGAGGAUGUAAUAACAAAAUUGCUCAACUCGGUAACCAAACCUCGACUUGGAUGCUGCUCAUACAGUUGUGUGGGAGUGUGUUUGGCAAUAACAAAAGCACGUUUCAAGUGCAGUUCUGACCUUGAACUUAAGCCAAUUUUCUCGUGCAAUGUCAGCAUGAAUAAGGAGCAGUAUUAAGUCCAGCAUCACUGGCUGACAAUUUGAUGUAGCCAAAAUAUGCCAUACUGAUAUUUCAGUAGUGGGUCUAAUUAUACUCAAAAACACUUAAAUGGCCUUCUGUUCUUUGCAUGAAGGAUAUCAGAGAGGACAGCUCCUUAAUUGGAGACAAUACUCUUAAUUGGGACUCAUGCCAAGGACUGAAUUAUAUAUCAAUAAAAUAUGCCUAAGCAUGGCAGAUAAGUGCUCAGUCAGCUUAUUCUUCAAACUAUGAGCACAUUAUGUUUGUAGGAAAGUGCAUGAAAUUAACAAAACAAACAAUUUUAUUAAUUGAAAUUGAACUGAAAUAGCUAAUUAAAAGCAUUAACUGGUUCAUCCUGCAACAGUGAAUACAGCAUUUUAGUAUUAAUCCAGUGUGUAUAAUAAUAAUGUAAUAAUAAUAAUAAUAAUAAUAAUAAUAGCAUGUACUGGAUCAAGUGCUAUUUUAUAACUGUUGUAUAAUGAUGGUAGGAACCAUAAUGUUAAGGGAAACCAAAUUUGCAGUGAUUAAUGUGAAAAUUACAACUUGGACUUUUCAUGAAGCAAUACAUUGGUAAUAUACUAGACUUCUAUGGUCAUCUUUUCAUUUAUAUAGUAUAAUCACAUUAGACUUUAUUUUUAUUUGCUUAUUUUUUGUAUUUAUUUAUUGUCUCUUGGUUUUAUGUUACAUCGUAUUGCAGCUAAAAGCAAACGGGAAAAACAUGAUCAAAAUAUCGUUUGAUUUCUAUCUAUUUCUGUUUUAUAUCUGCUGAAUUUGUCAGGCUUAAAGGCAAGUACUUUUGAUUAACAGCAGUGGUCCUGGUACUAUUAAAAACCCCAGCACUUCUAUUAAUUAAAAAAGAAAUACAAAUCUGGCAACAUCACAGGCAUUAACUCCACACAGGUCAUUUUAAUAAUCUAAAUUCAGAAAAUCAGCUGCAGCAUCUGCACAAACUGACUCUGAAUCAGAGGUGUAUAGAAUAGCCCAAAACUUUACUCAUGCACAAGUAAAACUCCUUGUAAAAGUAAUUACUCCAGUAACAGUAAAAGUAAUAAUGUUAAUAAUUACUUGAGUGAGCGUAAUAAAGUAUCCAAUGAGAAGACUACUCGAGUAGCAAGUUAGUUGCUUCGGAUCUGAUUAAAAUGAAGGGAAAAUCCUGAAUCUCAGACUACAUGGAGAACUGUAAGUCACACCUCUCCUUAAAAACUGUCUAUUCUGUUUAUAUGAUAUAAAACCUGGGUUCAAGAUGAAGCAGCAUAUCCCAGUCCUGUGAUGGGUACAGUAACACACAACCAGGCAUUUUCAACACAAAACCUCACACAUGCCCCAAAAAACAAACAUAUUCCCAUCAGCUGACUGUCUUUAUUUUCACAACAUGUUAACAACACAAAGUUGUCAGCAUCUGCAUUUAAACAAGACAACAGAGAAUAAAAGAACAGACUAUGGAACAGAACAGAAGAGAAGUGUGUGUAGAGAGAGAGAGAGAGAGUGUGUGUGUAUGUGUGUGUAUGUGUGUGUAUGUGUGUGUAUGUAUGUGUGUGUAUGUGUGUGUAUGUGUGUGUAUGUAUGUGUGUGUAUGUGUGUGUAUGUGUGUGUAUGUGUGUGUAUGUGUGUGUAUGUGUGUGUAUGUGUGUGUAUGUGUGUGUAUGUGUGUGUAUGUGUGUGUAUGUGUGUGUCCUGCCUCUGUUGACACACUCACUUUUCCCCCUCUCCAGGACUGAGAGCCAAUAAAAAAGUGAGCAGUUGUUGCGUCCACAUUUAAACCAUUGCAGCGUAUCAUGAGACUCGCUAUCUCAUUAUGCGUGAUAUAAACUAAUUAUUAAAACUACAUAUAUUCAUUAACAUUCAACAGUAACCGAGGAACACCACCGAAUGUAGUGAAGUAAAAGAACAUUUCUGUGAUUGAAAAUUAACUUUAGUAAGAGUAUAAGUAUGGCCUAUUCUAAGUAAAUAUAUAGGUUUAUAUAUAGAGACCUCUGAACUGAAUACAAAAAACUUUCCUCAUGUAAAUAUCAACCUAUCUUUUAACUUAAGUCUCCAACUCUGAAUAUGGCCCAAAGGAAAUAAAGGCUUGUGCAGUGUUGUAAUUAUGAUGGAUAUUAGACAUACCACCAUAACUUACUAUUCAACGUUUGACACUGAUACUAUAAUGGAGGUCUUCGUCAGCUGUGAUGACAAAAUACAGACUUAUCAUGGCUUAAAAUGCAGAAUAAAUACUGUCUCGUACUUGUUCUGGCUGACUCUCACAUAUCAAAAAAGGAAUUUUUGCUAGCCUUAACAAGUAGAAUACAUGUAUAUGUAAUUAGUGAAAUGUAAAUGUUUCAUGAGACUGCUUUGAUAUUAUAACACUGCUGCAUUUGUGUUUAAACACAAAAGUACACUCUGUAUAGGAUCUCAGUCUGUGUGAAAGUGUGAAAAAGUAUAACGUGGAAAAGUCAGAAAUUUGCAUUUGUAUGUGCAAAAAUGUGUGAAUACAUAUGUCCAUAGUUGUUUGUGUGUGUGUCUGUGUGUAUGUGUGUGUGUCUGUGUGUGUGUGUGUGUGUGUCUGUGUGUGUGUGUGUGUGGUUGAAUAUAUGAGUGUGCAUUGGAAAACAAAUGCCUCAGUCUAUGACUUUUGUGUUAUAGUAGCUGUCCACACCAGUUCUGAGAGUAUUAAAGUGUUUGUUGUUGCUGGUGUGGUCGUCACUGUUCUUACUGGUUUUCUAAUCAGAGCUACCUUUCUCUGCAGUCCUGAUGACAUAUAAUCUUUUUCGUGUACCUCAGUGUACAGCCUAAGCAGUUAUCAAAUGAUCGUAAUUGUAUUAAUAUUGUCAAAAUGUCUUUUGCUUUUGUCUUUUGCUCUGGUAUAGUCAACGUGAACACAUUCAGAAGUCGAAACUCUUGUGUUUCUGCAAUAUUCACGCUGCAAUACUGAUGAGAAUAUUGUUGCACUAAGUAGAGGCAAAUACAUCUCUGUUUUAUACUGCCACUCUGUGGUGAAAUAUUUACCUUUUUUUUUUUUCAAUAGGGAAUAGUGUGAGGCCUAAAGUGCUGAUGUUUUCCUGCUUCCUCUCACAAACAUAAUGGACCAAAAUAAAAUUUAAAAAGAGCAUGGUUCUGUGCUUAAUGAGCUCUUAUAUGGUGCAGAAAACAGUCAAAAAAUAUUUUCUUGUGUUUGUAGAAAUAUCGGGCAUUUUCUGACAUUGAGCUUGUGUUGGUCUAAAUUGCAAAUUCAUGUCAGUGGCGAUUUUAUUCUAGCUUGUAUGUGGAGGACAGUCACAUAGAUUACAGUUUCUUAACUAAGUGAUUUAGUAGAUCAUAUAAUGUUUCAGCUGCGUAAUGAGUCUGCAGUUGAUUCACCGUUGGAGCUCAUAAAGUCACAGCUACCUUUACAUCAUUUGACACUGUAAUAUAACUGGGAUAUACGUUCCUUUCGCAUUUCAUUACCGCAUUUCAUUACCACAUCUGCUGGAAGCUUGAUUUCACUUUCAUUUGGUGUUGAAUGUAGAAAUGUAGAUGAUAAUUCCAUAUGUAAUAUUUCCGGUAAUACCAUGAAUAUUAGGGUUGCACAAUAACAGCUAAAAUGAUAAUCAUGAUUAGUUUGCUCAGUAUUGACAUCUCAAUUUUCAUCCAAUUUAGGAAUCAAAUGGUUUUCUUAUAGCUAACCUGAAAAUAUCUUAAAUCAGAAAAAAAGGUUUUCCUUUCACUUUGUAUAUUAGAUUUCUAUAUUCGUUAACUUGUAUAUAUUACAUUAUUUUAUGAAACAGGAAGUAAAAAAUUGAUUAAUUGAGGAAGCAAAAAAUGGAUGAUCACAAUUAAAAUAAGAUUAUCUCUGCAGCCCUAAUGAAUAUGGUAUUUGUAUUAGAGAUAUACAAGUUCAUUACAUCCACUAUGAGCCUCUGUUACAUUAAUAUCACAGCUUAGCAAGAUUCUGUUAUGUUAAUGUAUAUCCCAGCAUGUAAAGCAUAAACGGGAAUGAUUAUGAGCCAGUUGUGCAAUACACUUUUAAUAAUAUAUUUAUGUGCUGUGUUCUCUUUAUGUCUUUUCAAUUCUGUCACAUUUUACUUUUCAAUAUUGUAAUCGUAAUGCUCCCCAAACAAAGAUGUGUUAUUUUUGGUACAUAGAUGAAUAAAAUUGUGGGUGUCUACUGAA